AUGGUUGAUUUUAUAAGCAGCAAUGCAGCAUCAGUCUUCCAGUUAUGCCAAAUUAAGGCGAGAAAACCGUUGGUAGGACAAAGCAACAUGAUUACAGCUCAAAAACGUGAGGACAACCACCAAAACUCAGGAUUUUACAUCCACAAAUGUAACGUAAUGGCAACUUUGGAUCUCACUCCACUCAAAGGAAUGUUAAAAACUUAUAUGGGACGACCAUGGGGUGUUCUCUCAAGGGUGGUGUUCAUGGAAUCAUUUCUCGAUGACCUCAUUGAUCUUGCUGGUUGGUUUCCAUGGAAUGAUGAUAAAGCACGUCUGUCUACCUUGUUUUAUGGUGAAAAUGAAAACAAAGGUCCAGGAGCUGAUACAAAAAAUAGAGUCAACUGGGAGAGAUUUAAUAUAAUAACGGAUCCAAACGAAGUGGCCAACUUUACGGUGGGAAAACUUCUUUCCAGAGUUGAGUGGCUUAAACUCCACAUGUGUUCCAUAUGA